AACAAGCAUUGCUGCGCUUGUAACUGUGAACUAGUUAGCAAAAUUUCCGAUCGUUUUGCCGGGAAUGUCAAAUUUUUUAUCAAAACAAAUCAAAACUGAUAUAACGAAAAUUAUUAUAAUAAUUAAAUGUGAAUGAGUGUUAAUGUAACUUCGAUUUAAAAAAUAUGACAGAAAUUGGGUUAUUGUAUAUAUAUACGUGUUUUCGAUGAAUCUUAUAAUGGCCUACGUCUACAACAGCUCAAAACUACAAAUUGUUUAAAUAAAUAUUAAUUUAUAUAUGAAUACAAUAAUUUUCUUAGUAACAUGGAAAAAAUAGUGGUUAAAACUGAGGUCCAACCGAAUGGAGAUAUACUGCUUUUUUAUGUUGAUGAAAAUGAAGAAACAGAUCUACAAGAUUUGGAGAAUGAAGCUCAAAAUAAUGUUCAAAUUUUGCCAGAUACUAAGUAUAUCAUCGAAGAAGAUCUCGGUGGAGGGGAAUCAGCUGAAGAACUGGAUAUAGCUCAGGCAUCAGAACAAGUUUCGAAUGAAAUCUGGCUAGAGGAUGAAAUAAAGCGACUCAUAGUUUUCUAUCUUGAUAAUAAAGAAACAUUUCUUAGCGGAGCUACAAAGAAAACACAUUUAUGGGCUGUUGCAUGUAAGACAAUGCUGGCUGGUAAAACUCCUAUAUCCUGUGAAGUUAAAUUUAGAGAUUUAAAAAGAAAAUAUGUCCAAGUAUGCCAUGAAAAUCAGAAUGGAGAGACCAUUAACUGGCAUUAUUACGAUUUGUGUAACCAGGCUUUUCAUGAUGAUAACUUUGUUAAAAUGUGCCUCAGUGAAACUAGUCGUGAUAAUCAAGUUACUGUGAAUAUGCCUGUUAAAAAUGUCGUCAACCAAGAUGGUAUAUUAGUUGUAAAAAAAGUGAACAGUGGCCAAAACAAGGAUGAGCAAGUAGAGGCAAUGCUCAAUUCAUACAUCAAACAUAAGUCUUUCUUUCAGAAGCAGUAUAAUUCACAGAGAGGAUUAUGGGAGGCUAUCGCUAUGGAUUUGGGAGAAGAAGAUGUUGAUUAUUGGCACAAACGUUUCUUAAACUUCAAACAACAUUAUAUAAGGAUGAUCUACAAACGCAAGGAAAGUGGGGCUGGAAGUAUUAAUUGGCCAUAUAUGAAAUAUUUUGAUCAAAUAUUUGGUGACGAUGAAGAUUUCUUACGCAAAUAUUUACAUAAUGAAGAAAAUGACUCAACAGUCUCUAUAUUAAUUGAAAAUUAUGAAAAUUCCUGGAACGACGUAGAAAUAACCUUUUUGGUUAAGUAUUAUUUUGAUUGCUUCAAUGAAUUCCAUGAUCCGAGCAUACCAAAUCAAUUCUUAUGGCAAGAAGUGGGCAGAUUAUUAGAUAAAACACCAGAAAAUUGUGAGAAAAAAUUUGAAAAACUCAAGGACAGGCAUUUUGAUAAACUUAUAGAGGGUAACUAUGAUUUAGCAAAUAGAAUACCAUUAGCUAUAAUCUUUGAUAACAUAAUAGCUAAGGAAGUAGAAAUGGAAGUUAACAAUCCCGAAUUAGAUGGUCCUGAUCUAUGGAAGACGGAACAAAUUGAUGAAUUAGUUCAGUAUCUGUAUGAAAAUAUAGAUAUGUUAAAAGAUCCUGUGUGUUAUUAUGUUAGUUGGGCAUCUCUUGCGAGGAAAUUGAAAAGAAGUGUAACAUCUUGUCGGAAACAAUGGAAUGAUCUGACUACGCUUUAUAAGAAUAUUUUAGACGAUAAAAAAGAAAAUCCUGAUAUGCAAAUUGACUGGAGGUACAUUGAUUUAUUUGAUAGGAUAUUUGAUUAUGGUAUGGACAGUAAUCUGCUGGAUGGAUACGAGAAAUUGAAAGAACUGGGCCAGGUUAAUAAAUCGAAUAAAGUAGGAGUUAAGAAGAUCACCAUCAAAGAUAAUGAUGACAAAUUCCUUGAAAAUGGAACAGACGACGAGGAGUUCUACGACGAAAGAGGUUUUACAAAACGUUCCAAGAAACGGAACGGUGACGCCAAAGCGUUCAAAAUACUAGAAUUCUAUUUAAAAAAUAAAGAUAGAUUUGCAUCAUCACAGCAAAAGAAAUUAGCACUAUGGGAAAUAUUGGCACGCCAAAUAGGUGUUACAGCAACGGAAUGCGCUCACAGAUUUCGUAAUUUCAAACAAGUGUACACAGGAUAUGUUCAAAGAGAAAUAAAUAAGCCUGAAAUGCCAAUACUCUGGCCAUAUUACAACCUUUGCAAGAAAGUAUUUGGAUAUAGAGCCAUAAAAUCUAAAUUGAAAAACGGAAAGAUGGAUUCGGAUGAUGCAGAAGAUUGGUCUGCAAAAGAAAUCAAGCAAUUGAUCAAUUAUUUCUCUAGAAACUUCAGUAAUUUCCAAGAAAAUAUAGAAGAGAAAAGCAAAUGGACGGAAAUAGCUCAAGAAAUUGGUAGAACCGAAACGAGUUGUUGUGACAAGUUCCUCGAGUUGAGGAAGUCGUACAGAAAGUUGAAGACAAUGAAAGCCCGUAAUCCAGAUGUCAAAGUGUCCUGGAAAUAUUUUAAUAUGCUUGAUGAUAUUUAUAAAUAUGGUGAACAAAAUUGUGAAGUUCUGGAAACUAUGGAAGUUGACGAUUGCAAUGACGAGGAUAAUGCAUUAAAGCUGGAAAUGCAGGAAGAUGACGAUUACCAAUGUAUCAUCGUUAUACCUGAAGGCGAAGACAUUGAUAAUGCUCAAAUCAUUAUCCAAGAACAAGAUCAGGAGACCACAGAAAUGACAAAUUCAAAGCAAAUCAUAACAAAGUGGAAUAAAAGAAGCAAAAAGCGACUUCUAAUACUUUAUUUAAAUUAUCUAAGGACGCACAAAGGACAGGAGAUUAAUCAAAGAGAAAUGUGGACGGAGAUUGCGUCGAAGUUAGAUGAAAAAACACCCAUUUCUUGCAAGAAAAUGUUCUUAAAAUUAAAAAAUCAACACAAGCAACUUAACGAAGCUGAUUUCAAACUUCCAUAUAGCGUCCUCAUAGAAAAAAUCCUAACUUUCAAACCUAAAUUUGUCAAAUCAAACAAAAAUAAGGAUUUAGAGGACAUUAAUACUUAUGAAGACAUACCAAUGUCCGAUGAGAAGGUGUACAAUGCUCUAAACUAUUACUUGCAAAACCUUGAAGACUUCGUCAGCCCGAAGUUUGAGCAGAAAUAUCUUUGGACGGAACUAGCGAAAUUUAUUUCAGAGCCAGUCAACAAAAUAUUCAGCAAAAUUAACUACUUGAAGCAGACAUUUGAUAGUGAAAUAGACACUCCCUUUAAGGAGAUCUUACAUGAAAUAUUAACAAAGGAAAAUGCACUCAGAGAGGAAAUAAAUAAGGAUCCUGAUCCAAUAACAGAGGAGGAUAGUGAACAAACAUGGUCCGAUAUUGAAACUGAACGUCUUUUAACGUGGUACUUGGCCCAUUUGGAUAAGUUUAAGAACCCGAAGUUCGUUCGUAGCUAUCUAUGGAUGGAGGCGUCCGAUAUAUUGAAAAAGAGUCCAUUAGUUUGUUCAAAGAAAAUGUCCGAAAUACGAUCCCAGUAUAGGACGAUGGUUAGAGAAAAUCCAGAGGAAUUAGACAAUUGGAAAUUUUACAAUCUGUGCCAGAGAAUCUAUGGAACUGGAAAGAAAAGCUCGAAUAGUACUAGAGGUCUAGAAGAUAUAUAAAAAGUUUGACAAAAAUGAAUCUUAAUAGCCUAUUCCAAUUGAAGGAGUAAAUAUAAACAAACCAUAGAUUUACAUCUUCCAUACGACUUGCUAUAGUCCUGCUGUAUUAUACACAAAAAACAGUUCUUGAUUAACAUUUAACCUAACUACUGUUAUGUACUUGAUUUUACUUCCAGUUAAUAAUAUGAAUAAUCUAUAGUAUUCUUUAUGGAUUCGCGUCCAUAAAGAAUACCAUAGAUUAUUCAAAAUAAAGACCAAUGAUAUUGCGUCAAUUCAAUGUCAAAGUUGUUUUGUCUUUAAUCCUGUGAUUGGAAUAGGCUAUAGAAAUAUUUAAGUGACUAUUAAUAUCUGUCUAUUUUAAAUAUACAUUUUAAAAAUUAAAUGUUCUUCAUCAGACAAGGCAUUUAGUGUAAAUAUUACAAUUAUGUAUUUAUGUAACUUUUUAGUUGUAAAUGCAUAUACGACAUUAGGAAUGAACACAACACUCAUUGAAAUUAUUUCCUAUUUUAUUUUAUAUAUAUGACAAUAUGCACACAAUUCCAGAUAAGAUAUGUGUUAUUUAA